AUGAUCUUAGUUAUUUUUAUCCGAGUCUGAUACCAUGUUGCACUGAUUUAACUAAGCAAACUCAUUCCAGGAUCCUCCAGCGAGGCAAUGAAAUCAUAAGGGUGAGCAGAACCAGCAGGAAGGAGGGGAGAGAAAGACGAAGAGAAGGAUUAAAGCAAAAGGAGCAAAAGGUGGUUAAAAUAACUUUCAAAGCAAAGGCGGAAAAGACUAACCCAAGAAGAAACAGAAGUAAGAGAACAUAGCUGAAGGGGGGGAAAGGAACAAUACAAGCAACAGGACUUUUCUGCAUUUUUCUUUCCUUUUCUUAUCCCGUCUUUCUUUCUUGGGGUUUUGCGACUCAGCAUGGGACAAAGGUUUACAAACGAGGAAGGGGACCAGGGAGAUAUCGAUGUGGCCGAGUUGCAGGAGUGGUAUAAAAAGUUUGUGGUGGAAUGUCCCAGUGGGACGCUCUUCAUGCACGAAUUCAAACGUUUUUUUGGAGUCCAAAAUAACAAGGAAGCUGCGGAUUAUAUUGAGAAUAUGUUCAGAGCCUUUGAUAAAAACGGGGAUAACACCAUUGAUUUUUUGGAGUACGUGGCCGCGUUGAAUCUUGUCCUACGAGGAAAGUUGGAACACAAGCUGAGGUGGACGUUCAAAAUGUACGACAAGGAUGGGAAUGGCUGCAUAGACAAACCUGAGCUCCUAGAAAUAGUCGAUUCUAUUUACAGGCUGAAGAAAGUGUGCCGGGCCGAGAUGGAGGAAAGGACCCCGCUGCUCACCCCAGAGGAGGUUGUGGAAAGGAUAUUCCAGUUAGUGGAUGAGAACGGGGACGGGCAACUGUCCCUCGAUGAAUUCAUCGAUGGGGCACGGAAAGAUAAGUGGGUGAUGAAGAUGUUACAAAUGGAUGUAAGCCCUGGAGAAUGGAUCUCAGAGCAAAGGAGGAAAAGUGCUUUGUUUUAAUAGAAGCCAAUUCAUGGUGUGGCUGGAAAGAUCUGAUGCUGGCCACACUGAUGGUUGUGUCACUUUGAGGAUGUCAUCAUCCGCUACUGGUAACUUUUCCUUCGUGACAUGAUCUCAGCGUCCAAAUGAAAACUCUUGAGUAGCUCAAGAAGCCAUAUUUUUGUAUCUAAAACCUGGGCACUGAAUGCAUGGGGGAGUGCUGGAGACUCCUGUCGACAACGAAUAGGUCCCUUUGUGUAUAUUUCCUCCCGGUUCAUCGGCUCACGUUUCUGAUUGCACUUUAAAAGGAAAUAACUACUGCUAGGAUCCUGGAAGGGAUAGUACUCUGAGCAGGGCUUGCUAGUCAGACAGCACAGCAGGACUGGAAGGAUGCUUCCCUGCUGCAGUGGAAUUGCUUUCCUGGUAGCUCAGUGUGCAAUGCCUGCAGGGAUAUGAACAUAUCAAACCCCAAAAAGCAAAAACCAGUACUUUGAUAGCAGACUGAGCUUACUCAGGAGGUGUACUGCAGACCCCUAGCAUGUGUGUUUGAGUUAUUUAACAAAUUAUGACAAGUAUAACUGCUGCUAAUCCAGCAUCAUUGGGUAUCAAUAUAUCCUAAUCCAAACUGAAAGUUACAUUACAGCUAGUGAUACGAUAUUUUCUCUACUGGAAGCCAAAGCUGUAUAAACAGUACAAGAAAAUAGAUCAUAAACAAGAAGUGUAUAUCUUGGCAGGGCAGAUGGAGUACACCUCCUUUUCAUCUCCCAUUUCUAUAGGCCCAACUCUGCUCCCAAUUUCUAAUCUAGCCACUGAUCCAGGGCCGAUUUCUUCACGCGCUGCUUCUAGUCUGAAAACACUGAAUUUGUAGACAUUUCAUUGCCACGAACGGCAGUUGGUGUCUGGGAAAAGAAGUGGAUGAGAGAUCAGCAUUAUACUUGGCAAUUAUUUACCUUAAUGAGAGCACCAGCACCAGUUUAGCAUCAUAACUCAUAGGAUGACACACGUGCGGUCUGUAAGUAGUCUACAAAAUCAAGAUAGUGAGUUUAUGUCAGAGUUUUUAAACUGGCUUUGCAGCCUGAAUAACUUAUAGUCAGAGAAAAAUCAUUUGCAAGUAGCCUGUAAACUGAAUGUUUGUAAAAAAAUGCAGCUAGCUCUGAUGGACUAGAUUAGACCUGCUACUUUUUUCCCUUACAGGAAAGUAAGUCAAGCCACUUUCACAGGGAUAUUUGCAAUCACUUUUUAUUUUUCGUGGCCUUUUACUGCAAUGAGCUUACUACUCAUUUACCCAAUGGUUUGCUGUCCUCUGGAUUGACUGGGUGUUUUUUAAUUCAGAGAAACGGGAACAUAAACAGAAUAGGAUGCGUUCUGUGCUGCAGUUCAACUGUAAAGCAUAACUUUAUGCACUUUUUGAUUAAUCAGAUGCUGUGUCAGCCCAGCUGACAGGUACUGUGCAGUAGCAGCUCAGCACCGCAUCCCCCAGUAGCUGGCUGAAGCGCGAUUGCUUGUCCAUACCCUUGUGCAGUGGGUGCAUCGUUCCCGUUUUAGAGGUUUAUCAGUACAGAGAUACUCCCUCAUGUGGGGGAAAUACUGGGAACAAACACGUCUAGAACUGGAACAAACUAGUUAAGUGUGGGUAAUUCCAGACUGUGGAUUAGUUGUAAACAGUUUAGAAAUCCUGGGCCAGACUUUCAGCCAGCUGAAAAGGCGCAACUCAAAUCCCCGCAGUGAUUUGUGUCAGCUGAGGAUCAGGUUCAUAAAUAGGAUAAGCUGCUAUGAGCUGAAUGUGGUGUAAGUUAGACUGCAGCAAUUUAAACAACCUUCCACUGACUCAGUUCCACUCACACACACAGAGCUUGGUUCUGCACUCCCUCACAUCCUGCACGCACGGGCAUUUACACAGGCCAGAUUUUAACUUUGCAUUGGUUUUGUACCAGCGUAACAGCUGGGUUUAUCUGCGCAGGGUAGUUACCGUGUGUAAAUUUACAGUGCACUAGUGACUCUGCCCAGCUCUCCCAUGGGCCAUUCUUAGUGCAUGCUAAGAGUGCCUUUGUGCGAGGUGCCUUACUCCCCUGUGAGAGUGGAGCAAGCUACCUUGCACUUAGCGUGUGCAAGGAGCGUCCACACAGGGAGUUCGUGCAGAGCAGUAAAUUCA